AGCAGCUCGAAGCAAAGAAAAUGAAAUUGAAACUAGCUCAUAAUCAGCACGUUAUCAUCUUGCCCGAGCUCACUUGUUAGUACUUAAAUUGCCGUGAAACAUGAAAGUGGAUUUAUUUUAACGGAUUAAGCAUACGAAUACGCUGGAGUCCGUGUUUAGAUAUUUAAGCGCCUUCACAUCAUAACCUUUAUGUACGAAGCUUCGGCGGUCUAUAACCAAUAACAUGCGGAGAUAUUUGGUGUUCGCUUUCACUAUAUGUACGGAUUUUUUCAUGCUCUAUAUGCUGGAUUUCGUAGACACAUGUUUGAGGUGUCGACAAAGGAGUUUAGACGGUACUGAUAAACUGGUAAGACAAUGGGUUAAGUCAGUACUGCGAUGGGCACUGCUAUACACUGCAUCUAUCUUCUACACAGACUUGAGAGGGUCGGUGGCGAAGCGCUGGAUUUUGACCCACUGUUUCAUUGGUCCGAUGUACGAAACUGGUCGCUUAGCUCUUUUUGGAAACUAUCCGCUAGCGAAGUUUGAUAUGUGGUUGGUUGGUAGCGUCGCUGCUGCCUUGGGGUGCUUGUUUUGGGAGAUGCUUUUUCCUGACUCUAACGGAGAAAGUAACGGAAAAGAGAGGAAACAGAAAGCCAGGGUGCUCUUUAUGAGAGUGAUCCAUUUAUACCAACCUGACUACCUGUUAUUGAUUGGAGCAUCGGUCUUUCUAGCGUUAGCUGUUCUCUGCGAGAUGUUCAUUCCACUAUACACGGGAAAACUGAUUGACAUCUUACGUGUCGAUUACCACUGGGAGGAGUUCCGAGCGGCAAUAAUAUUCAUGACGUUGUACUCAUUUGGAAGCUCGUUCAGUGCAGGCUGCCGAGGAGGCCUCUUCAUGUGUGCUAUUGGCAGCUUCAUUUGUAGAGUAAAGCUUCAACUCUUUAGCUCCCUGGUCAAGCAGGAAAUUGGAUUUUUUGAGACCACAAAGACAGGAGACAUCACAUCCAGACUAUCCACAGACACCACUCUGAUGGCUCGAGCUGUAGCUCUAAAUGUGAACAUCCUUCUACGGACUUUGAUUAAGAUCCUUGGCAUGCUGUACCUGAUGUUCAGUCUUUCCUGGAAGCUUACACUACUGGUGCUGAUGGAGACACCUUUGACUGGCCUGUUACAAAACAUAUAUGAUACUCACUACCAGAGACUAUCAAAGGAGGUUCAGGACUCCAUAGCUAGAGCAAAUGAUGCUGCGAGUGAGGCAGUGUCUGGCAUUAGGACACUUAAAAGCUUUAACACAGAGCAGAGUGAGUCCCAUCGUUAUAAUGACCGGUUGAUGAAUACUCAUAAACUAAAGACCCAGCGGGACACAGUCAGGGCAGUGUACCUACUACUGAGAAGGCUGAUAGAGUUGGGAGUGAAUGUGGCUAUGCUACACUAUGGCAGGUUGUUUAUCCAGUAUGGUCAGAUGAGCACAGGAAAUCUGGUCUCAUUCAUCCUUUACCAGUCAAACCUUGGGAACAACAUCAGGACUUUGAUUUACAUAUUUGGAGACAUUUUGAACAGUGUGGGUGCAGCAGGGAAGGUGUUUGAGUACCUGGACCGCACGCCUGAAGUGAACUCUGAUGGGAUCCUGCAACCAGAGGAGCUGAAGGGACAUGUCUGCUUACAGAACCUCACCUUCUCCUAUCCAACACGUUCUGACCUCAGUGUGCUGAAGGACUUCUCUCUGGAGCUGAAGCCAGGUCAGAUGACUGCCUUGGUAGGGAAGUCUGGUGGGGGCAAAAGCACAUGUGUCAGUCUACUGCAGAGGUUCUACCAGCCUCAACAAGGGCAGAUCUUACUAGAUAGACAGCCUCUGGAGAACUACCAACACAAGUACUUGCACAGCAAGAUUGUUGCAGUGGGUCAAGAGCCUGUUCUUUUCUGUGGUACGGUGCGAGAAAAUAUUGCCUAUGGCCUACCACAUUGCUCAGAUGAGAGAGUUGAAGAGGCAGCCCGCAAAGCCAAUGCCCACGACUUCAUCUGCCAGCUACAAAAAGGUUAUGACACAGAUGUAGGUGAACAAGGAAGUCUUCUCGCUAGUGGUCAGAAGCAACGCAUUGCCAUUGCCAGAGCUCUGAUCAGACAGCCACAGGUUCUCUUACUGGAUGAGAUCACCAGCUUUCUGGACACUGAGAGUGAACAGAUGGUCCAACAAGCCUUGGCCAACUGCCCAAAUCAGACCUUACUUGUGAUUGCGCAUAGACUGAAGACCAUCGAGAGGGCAGACCAGAUAGUUUUGAUUGACCAGGGGAGAGUGCUAGAACAAGGCACUCACCAAGAAUUGAUGAAGAAAAGGGGUCAUUACUUUAAACUGAAAAACAGGCUGUUUACUGAAGAGUCCACUCACAGUGAGAUCUCUUAGUAGCUAGCUACGUCAGAGUAGUGUGGUGCAUGUGGAUUGUGGGAAGACAACUUGAUUUCACAGUUUAUGAAUUUGCAGUAUGAGGUAACCCGUGAUUAAUUGCAGUCAAUGUAUGUUGUCUGUGAUGUCUAACAUCACAACAAAUAAAUUUGUAAACAUUGGUUAUGAGGAAUUAUUUUUAAAAAAAGAAAACAAAGCAAAACUUCUGUCCAGAGGACAUUUUCUGCAGUCUAGAGUGCACAAUAAAUUGCACUGAUGAGGAAGUAUGAAAAUAAUCACAUAUUUCAUGCUAAUAAAAAAUGUGAGUAAGGAGGAAAUACACUAUGCUGCAUCUUUACGAUACAAAACAAAUAUACACCAUAAUGUAUAUUGACACCAUAAUGUAUAUUGAGGCAGUCUGAAAUUAUAUUGAGGCACUCUCAAAGACUUGAGAGCCUAAAUACUUGCAUUCCUAAUUUCCUCCAGUGUCUAUCUUCUAAAUCUACUUGCUAUAAAAUGAAAAUGUGCUGUAUAUACGUAAAUUGCAAAUUAAUGGCUAUAAAUGUUGAUUUUGUUGAUUAUUGAGUGGAUGAUGCUAGAAUAAUUGUUCUUCAUUAAAGACAAAUAUUUGAAUAAAACAGAAAUUAGAUAUCAGAUGUACUAAUUUAUGUAAAAGAUUAACAAAAAACUAAUUCAUAACAUGAACAUCCCCAUGUAUUAUCAGUGCUAAUAAAACUUUUAAUUUUCCUGCUUUGAUGUAAAAUGGUAUAUUAUAUAUGAUGGUGCUAUCCCCCUGCUGAAGCCACUGGCAUUCGGUAGAGAUCUUGCAUGAUCAUUCAUGUGUUUAUGUUGUUUUUAUGUUAAUUGUCACUUGUCUUUAUGUUAGUCCACUUCUGCAUCAGGUGGCGUUUGCUGUCCAUCAGUAGCUAUUGGGUUGGAGAUUUGCAUUUGCUUUCUUUUUUCUGUACAUUCUUUGCCCAUAACAUGCAUUUUCUGAAACUCUGCCUUUGAGAUUAGGGAUAGCAUGAAAAUGUUUACUAGAGUUCUGUGUAUGUUCUAUGAGCUCUGUGUAUGUUGCUAUAUUAACAAAAAUAAAAAAUAAAAAAAAAUAAAAAAAUAACAAAAAGUCAUUAUGUCUCCCUAGUUCCCUAGACUAGAGGUUCCUUAGACUUUCAAGCUUUUUUUUCCUCUUCAUCGUUGUUUAUCUGUUUAAUUAGAAAAAUUAAAAUGAUUGGAAAGGAAAAGGACUUCAACAUUGUCAAAUUUUGUAUUGGACAAAUGAUCAUGUUCUGUAUCCUUUGUCUCCAUGGUGCAUUAAAUGAGCAGUUAUGAUUAUAAUGUGUUUUGUUUGCUUCUACAUGCUGGACAGUUGCUAUUGUGUUGUAUGAUAUUGUUGCAUUAACUACUAUUGUGAUCAUUUAAGUUCUUGUGGACACUAAGGGUUAAUUCAGAGAAUCUUAUUAAAAGCAUACUGUAUGAUAGACACA